GUAUCAUUUUCCUGAUUUCCUUUUCAUCAUUCUCUUUAUUGGUGUUCUCAUAUGAUUUGCCUUUGAUGAGUUCAGUCAGCUCUUAUUGAGUUUCUUCCCUUAUUUUGAGGAGAGGUGUCAUUUCUGUUCUUAACUUAUUUUGAUUCCAGGUGUUUUAUAAAUUCUCCAAAUGCUUACGUGAAGAUAUUUAAUUCAGUUUGGAGUAUUGUAUUGCAGUUUUCUUCUGGUUCAUGAUUUUUGGGGGGGGGCAGAGAGUAUUCAGCAGCCAUAAAAGUCUUUUCUAGUAGAUUUGUAGAUCCUUAAAUCUACUAGAUUCUUAUUGAGGAAUAUCCCCCACAAAAUGCCCAGAAAUAGAAAAAAAAUCAGAAAACCAAAAGAGCCCUCGUAGUACAACGGUUAAGAGCUUGGCUGCUAAUCAAAAGGUUGGCAGUUCGAAUCCACUAGGUGCUCCUUGGAAACUCUAUGGGGCAGUUUUACUCCUAGAGGAGUAGGAGUAGAACCUAUAGGGUCACUAUGAGUCGGAAUUGAUUCAACGGCAACAGGUUUUCUUUUUCCUAGUUAAAGAGCUCAUUUCUGUCAAUACAGUGAAGUGCAGUUUCUUUAGGGGAUGGUGAGAAGCAAGCUGUGUCUUGCUUCUCUUUCAUUUGUGUAGUAUCCUUAAUUCUCCUCCUUACUUCACUGCUAUGUCUCCAAGAAGCACCAGUCCUUCUAUUUAUUUCCUUCUCUCCCAGAAGCAACACUUCAGGAAGCCUCCAUCCAAAGUCUCAGAUCCUUGUUAUCUUUAAGCCCUUCCCCUACAAGUUGCUAGGGUACUGGGAACUACCAGGUCCGAGGCCUCUGUUUGAUACAUUGGCGUUUAGUGCAGGACUUUCUCUCUUUGGGGAGUUAUUUUGUCUAUGUUUCAUCUAAGUCCUCUUUGCACCUUUAUCCCCUAGUUCUCACUGGUUUGCAAUAGCGGCAGGAGCUCUGUUAGAAUUUUGUGUUUAUUUCUCCACUUAACAGGUAAUUGAAGUUUUUGGUAUUCUCUGUCUCCUAAUAAUGCUGAAUAGCAUGGGUCUUGUGAUUAUCUUUGUUCUCUUGUUGAUUUUGUGAUCUUUUGGGAACAGUGUGUCCAUGGAGUACCCAUUAUCCUCCAAACCUGGAAGCUCCUGCAGGGAAAGUUACAUCAUACCCACUUUGUAGAAGAGAAAGCUAAGACUCUGAAAGGCUAAAUGACUUGACCAGGAUUUCACAGAUACUAAGUGCUGGUAUUAUAUGGAGACUUUGUUCGUUUGUAUUUAUCAUAGAGAAAGUUUACCAUAGGGUUUCCAAGGCUGUAAAUAAACCUUUACGGAAGCAGACUGCCACGUCUUUCUCCCGUGGAGCGGCUGGUGUAUUCAAACCGAUGACCUUUCGGUUAGCAACUGAGCGCUCAACCACUUUGCCACCAGGGCUCCGUAACCCCAUAUUAUAAAGCUUAUUUAUGAUAUAGCAGAGGAGCAAUGUAAAUUUUCUUGAUACAUUUUAAAAGUACUGUGCGGAAGUGAAGGUCCUUUCAAAAUGUUUAAUGCUUCUUUUUAAAAAGUUUCAGAGGUUUGGUUGUGUGUGUGAUUGUGUGUAAAUAUUUACAGGUUGGAAGUUUGACCUUUUUAUAAUGAAAUAUCUAUAUUUUUAUGAUUUUCUUUUCAUGCGUAUUAUUAAAAUCAACAAAAGAAAUUAUGUAAUCUGAUCUGCAACCCUGAUGUUAGUUGGAGGGGACAGCCACUGGUAAAGAACAUGAUUCUAUUAAGUAAAGAUCAGGACGUAUUGCUUUGUAUACACACAAGAAUGUCAGGUUCCUGUUGUUGAACAGAUGAGAAUGGAGAAGUUAGUGUCAGGUCUUUUGACUCAGGGUUUCUCCUAAGAUUUUGGCUUGGAGACUUAAGGGUUAUGAGUGGCAGAUAUUUGAGAGGAAGAGAUGAGAAUUGUCCAGUUCCUAUUUGUACAAAUAAUACUUACUCAAUGCUGAUAUUUUGGCAAACAAGAAUUACAAAGAAGCAAAACAAAUUUUUUAAAAAUCAGCUAAAAUCUCAUUAUCCAGGAUUAAACUAUUUUUAAUUUUCUGGUAUUGUUGGAUUGAUCUGAUUUUUGCUCACUGUCAAACUUUGACCUUGAAUACAAUACCUGGCACUUAGUAGACAUUCAGCAAAUAUUUGAACAAAAAAAGUGUAAACAUAUUUAGCUGUUCAUGCUCUUGGCUGUGAGACAGUCUGUGAUGUCUCUUCCUCCUUUAUAGGAGAGUGAGCUUGCGUUGUAGUCUCCGUGUUUGUCCAGUGAAAGCCCAAGGACUUCAGGCAUGGGACCCACCUUUAGCUAAACAAGGGAGUGAAUGGGCUCAGGGAGCAGAAGGUGAUGGAUACUAGAGGACUAAGACUCCAAAGAAGGUGUAAAGAGCCAGAUCUCAGUGUCCCAGUAGGAGAAACCCAUUGUGAUCCUUAAUAGGAACUGAAGGAUUGAAUUAUACCCAGCUCUUAAACUUUUUAUUUGGUAAGGCAUUUACUCUGUCAAUAAUGUAAAAUCAAACUUAGCAACCAUUACUAUGUUGUUUUUUUCCCUGUUUCUCUCAACUAGAGGAAUAUCUGCAUUUAAUUUUCUGUGCCAUGAAAUUUGAUAAAUUGUGAGUGUGCCAUUUCUGCUUGCAAGGGCUUUCCAUGGGAGCAGAAAGGAGAUUGCAGGGCUCUUCAUGCUUAAUUACUGCAGAGGAGGUGGACUUUCACCAAGAGCCUCUCGGUAAAUAUAAUCUGUCAUUCUGGCAAUCUAAUCUGUCUCCAGGGCAUCUAUGUUGGUGAUCUUUUAAGGCUCACAGUAGUUUCGAUUUUGAAAGCAGUUGUUCUUUCUCAUCACACAUUGUUCUGCCUAAAGCAGUGAAGCCACAGAAGAACUAUGUUGAUUUAAAUUCCAGAUUCCUCUAACAGUGACAGUUCCCUCAUAGGCAUUGGCACCAAAUGGAGACAAUUCCCUUAUUGCUGCUUCACUGCAUUUUCUUCAUUAGAUUAUAAACGAUGGUGGCAGCAGCCAGCCUGUGUGUGUGUGCUUGUCAUUGUAUAAUUUCUCCUUUUGAAAUGCUGGACUCCAAGCAGAAAGAAAUGUGCUUUAUCAUUUUUCCGUGUUGACAUGUUUAUUCUUUGUGUUCCUAAGACUAUCGGAGAGUGAAGAGCAGUGUUGUAUUGAACGUACACUUGGCCAUGUUAACCACUAUGCCAAAAAGUGUUCCAUGAGCCCUUGGUGAUUACAAGGGCUGAGUUGUUGAUUGCUAAUUCCUGAAUUGAAAAGUCACCAUCCAGUUUCUUUAAUUGUUGCCAAAAUGGUAUAAAGCUUUUAAUGUUAUCACUUCAUUUCCUUUUUUAAAAAAAUAGCGUUAAUGUUAGUAUUUCAUAGUAGGGACUGGUAAACUUUCUCUGUACAGGGCCAGCUAGUAAGUAUUUUUGGCUUUGUUUUCUCUGUUGUCAUCUAUUCACCUCUGCUGUUAGAGCAUAAAAGCGGCCAUAGAUAAUACAUAAGCCAGUGGGUAUAGCUGGGUUCUAAUAAAAUUUUGUUUACAAAAACAAGCAGAGGGCCAGAUUUGAUCUAGCGUCUAUAGCUUCCUGACCCCUGCAUUUUAGCAUAAUUCCCCAAACCAAGACUUUUAAAGCAGGAAAGAAGAUUUGGGUGAAACAAAUAACAGGAGACUAUGGCUCUCAUAAUCUGGUCAGGACCUAAACUAAGAUUUUACAGAAUAGCCCAGUGGUCUUUGUUAAACAAAUAAAAUUGAAUCAGAUGCCAUCUAAUUUACAGAUCACAUUACUUGAGGCUACUGGAAUAGAACUAAUUUAAAUCUGCAGAGAGACAUAGAUACUACCCCAUCACAUAUAAUUAAUCCUAAUAGUUCUAGACAGUCUUUCAUCAGCAUGAAUUAAUUAUCUGCUGUUCCUUCCUGGCUUGAUGAGAUAACUGUUCAUGACACAACCCCUAUCUAAGUAUUAUUUGGAUCUUUUGCUAAAAUCAUAUGACCUUUUUGGAGCAGUAUAUCAGGGAUCCUGACAUGUGAUCAUGGCCCCUGGUUUCUCUGCAGCAACUGAACAUUUAUGAGAAAGUGUACUAUGGCCAGCAUCUCUAGAAGGUGACAAAUAAUGGGGGACAUUCAAAUUACUGUAGUGGCGAUCAAAGUGGCCCGAUAACAUGGAUGUUAUGAUGAGAUAAGCCUUGUGUUAUGUCACGUGUGGAUUGUCAAUGUGUUGUAAGAAGACAUGUUUCAGGAAUUGCUUUUGAAGAAGUAGGAAUGGACAACAAAUUGAGUGUUUGGUCAUUUUGUUUUGUGAGAAAACCUUUUCCAGGGGACGUGAGAAUUUUGGCCAUUGAUGUUUAAAUUUGAUGUGGGUAAAGGUUUAUUUAUUAUCUGGUAAUUUAAUGGAAUUACAGAUCUGAUCAAUCCUUUUUCACAGUUAGGGAAAUGAAGUGCAGAAAAAAUGUUAGUUCCCAGAGUCUUAUAAGUAGCAGAAGUAUGACUGGGAUCCUUGCCUUCUGUCUGAGUCUGCUGUUCUUCUCUAGGCGGUGGUGCCUCUCUAUGUUUAGAUGUAAGGGUUAGUCAUCACUGACGCUCUUGGCUCCCUUUGGAGACCCUGCGCAGCUUUGGCCUUUGGGGUAUGCACAUGCCUGGUUCUCUGCCUGCAAUCCCGGUUGGUCUUUCUCAGACAUCUUUGUUGGCCUUGUCUGUACUGUGCAGAGGGUGAUCAAUUCCGUGUUUGCUAAAACUUGCCUGCUUUCAGCACUGAAAGUCUUCCAUCCUGGGUAAACCGGGAUGGUUGGUCACCUUAGCUGCACCUUUAAAUAUUGUUUGCUUCAAGAUUCUCCCUAUCUGGCUACCAUCGAUGACUGCCCUGACAGGGAACAACAGAGAAUCCCUGAGGGAGCAGGAGAGCAGUGGGAUGCAGACCCCAAAUUCUCAUAAAAAGACCAGACUUAAUGGUCUGACUGAGACUGUAGGUACCCCAGUGAUCAUGGUCCCUAGACCUUCUGUAAGCCCAAGACAGGAACCAUUCCCAAAGCCAACUCCAGACAGGGAUUGGACUGGACAGUGGGAUAGAAGAUGAUACUGGUGAAGAAUGAGCUCAUUGGAUCAAGUAGACACAUGAGACUAUUUUGGCAUCCCUUGUCUGGAGGGGAGAUGAGAGGGCAGAGGGGGUCAGAAGCUGGCGGAAUGGACAUGAAGAGGGAGAGUGGAGGGAAGGAGUGUGCUGUCUCAUUAGGGGGAGAGCAAUUAGAGGUAUAUAGCAAAGUGUAUAUAAAUUUUUGUAUGAGAAACUGACUUAAUUUGUAAACUUUCACUUAAAGCACAAUAAUAAUAAAAAAAAAAGAUUCCGCCCGUGACUCUUCUUUUUUACAAUUGAUGAUUUCUUCUUUUUAUUCUACCUAGGCAAGCCUCAUCCAUUGUCAGCUCUAGUCAGCUAACCACCAGUUCUGUUUCUCACACCUAACUUUUCUCUGUGAUGUCAGACCUGUCUUUCUAACUACCUGUUGGGCAUCUCCAAGUAGAUAAUAUAUCCACCCCUCAGACUCACUCAGUUCAAAGCAGAACUGAGAAUUGAAAAAGACUAGUGUACACUAGUUUCCAAAUACUAGCAUAGCUACUUAAGAAUCACCUGGGGAGCUUAUUAAAAAUUCUGAUUUUCAGAUCCAUGACAAAGUGUCUGAACUAGUUGGAGUAGGGUGGGAUCUGACCAAAACUUGUUGCCCUUGAGUUGAUUCUGACUCAUAGUCACCCUACAGAACAGAGUAGAGCUGCCUCAUAGAGUUCCCAAGGAGCAGCAGAUGGAUUCGAACUGUCAACGUUUUGGUUAGCAGCCUGAGCUCUUAACCACUGCGUUACCAAGAGUCCAGGUACUAGUAUCUUUAAACAGUGCCCCCAGAUGAUUGUGAAAAGUUUUGGGGCCUGCUGUUUUAUAAUGCUCACUCACUAGGGCUCUCUGGAACAGAAGUUUUCAAAAAGGUAGUUCUCUGGUAUCAACACCAUUGCCCUUUGCUGGUUAAAACUUCAUAAUAAGGAUUUUGCUCCAUUGAUUGGGUGGUUGAUUGAGUGCUAUAGAGGUUGCCUUGAGGCCCUUAUACCAGUUAUCCAGCCCCUCACCUUGUCUUUCCCUUCGUAUCAUAGUGUGACAUCAGGGCCUGCAUUUGGAGGAACGGCGGAGAAAAACUUGAUAAAAUAAACUGAUUUGGGGGAGGAGGAUGACAGAGGAAUGAUUCAGUCCAAAAUCCUGUAGAGCUUCCUUCUAUCUGCCUGUUCUCACUUGAUUCCUCUGUUCUUCCAAUUUCCUGUGUCUUUCUGAAUGAUAGAAUUUGAGUUAAAAUGACCUUGGAAGAAAUGGUCUAGUCCAAAAUCCUUGGAAUUCAUGCAGGCCUUGGUGUUCACACCAUCCUGUGGUUUGACCUUGAUGUCUAUGAUUUCUCUGCCACAGGAGGAGAACAUCCUAGUCUGGGAUAAAACAGUAGAGAAGCUCAGCUCCUCUUGAGUUCCUCUUCUCUUUACCUGGUGGACCACACAGGGAGUUAUGUGGUUUCAUGGGCUGAUAGGAAAGCUUUCCUCUUCAGUGGCAGAAAAGCUCUGUGAUAACUUACAAGGGAAAAGCAAAAAAUUGGUGUUUAGAGAAAGCGGCACAGCCUCUUAGGAACUAGAAAGACCCUUUCCACAGACGGGAUAUUAGACUGUAAGGGUAGAUAUAAACUUUGAACAUACUUUGGUAUUUUGUGGAAUUAGAUCUUGAAGGCUUUCCUGAUAGUUGGAGCAGGGUUGUUAGCUCAAAGCCUCGAUUUGCCUUCAAGUGACCAGCCCUUAGUGUCUUUGCCAAGGUUCAUGGUGCUGUGCAAUGUGCUGUGUGCAUAACAAAGGAAUAAGAAGUGAGCAGUUACAGCCUCAUUUUUGUUUAGUAAUUUCAUACGCAGCAGCUCAGAUGGUCUUCCUCAGGCAACUUCUAAAACCCAGCAGUUGGUAGAGUUAGCUGGUGCUUCUUAGGAAGUCAUGUGGAAAGGAGCGGUUGCAGCAUCUGACACGGCACAAGGAUGAGUUCACCAGACCGUUUCAUGGCAGAGCUGAAAGACCAGGGUGGAGAGCUCAAAUGAAAGCAACGUGCUCCAGAAACCAGGAUCUCAAAAGCUGUUGGAAAACUGCAGCUUCUGCUGCUGCUGGAAAACUUCAAGAGAAGGAAAUUAAGGAGCCACCCAUAAUUUGCCCAGAUAGCCCCAGAACAGCCAAUAGGCCAUAGACUGCGUCCCCAAGGAGAAAAGCUGCAGACAUCUGAGGAUAAACCACUGCGAACAGCUUUUACCAUAAAGUCAACCUGGAAGACUUUGACUCCAAGGUGAUUUGGACACCCACAAUAUUGGCGUCGUUUUCCUAGUCAAGCAUGAUUCAUGAAAUGGAACAAAGCUGAGAAAUCAUCCAUUUCUUUGCCUGUGGGUCUGAGACACUAUUGGGAUGGUCUUCUGUGCAUAUAACUAGACCAACUGCAGCUAUGAGUUCAGACGAGAAGGGCAUAUCCCCUGCUCAUAAAACAUCCACUCCAACCCAUAGAAGUGCCUCCUCUUCAACAUCCACCCAGAGGGACAGUAGGCAGAGUAUUCACAUAUUGGAGAGGACUGCUUCCUCUAGCACCGAGCCCUCUGUAAGUCGGCAAUUGCUAGAACCAGAGCCAAUCCUCCUCUCCAAGGAAGCUGACAGCUGGGAAAUUAUAGAAGGGCUGAAAAUAGGCCAAACCAAUGUCCAGAAACCAGAUAAACAUGAAGGCUUUAUGCUGAAAAAAAGAAAAUGGCCUUUAAAAGGCUGGCACAAGCGUUUUUUUGUCCUGGAUAAUGGAAUGUUAAAGUAUUCAAAGGCACCACUUGAUAUUCAAAAAGGGAAGGUCCAUGGGAGCAUCGAUGUUGGCCUCUCGGUCAUGUCAAUUAAAAAGAAAGCUCGGAGAAUAGACCUUGACACAGAAGAGCACAUCUAUCAUUUGAAGGUAAAAUCCCAGGACUGGUUUGAUGCAUGGGUCUCCAAACUGCGCCAUCAUCGGUUGUAUCGUCAGAAUGAAAUUGUGAGGUCACCAAGGGAUGCUAGUUUUCACAUAUUUCCUUCAACCUCCACAGCUGAAUCCUCACCAGCUGCUAAUGUUUCCGUUUUAGAUGAAAAGGUGCAACCAAACAGCUUUCCAUGGCAGUCUCCUUUACCAUGCAGCAAUAGCCUCCCUGCAACCUGCACGACGGGCCAAAGUAAAGUGGCAGCCUGGCUACAGGACUCAGAAGAAAUGGACAGGUGUGCAGAAGACCUUGCACACUGCCAGUCAAACCUUGUGGAACUGAGCAAACUCCUUCAAAAUUUGGAAAUACUGCAGAGAACUCAGUCAGCACCUAACUUUACUGACAUGCAGGAAGGGCCACCUGCGAAGGGCCAGUUCAGCACAACUCGGCGCCGGCAGAGGCUAGCGGCAGCAGUGGCUACAACAGUUCCAUUCAGUGCUACAAUGUCACCGGUUCGCUUGCAUUCCUCCAACCCCAACCUUUGUGCAGAUAUUGAAUUUCAGACUCCCCCCAGCCAUCUCACUGACCCUCUGGAAAGUUCAACGGAUUAUACAAAGCUUCAAGAAGAAUUUUGUCUAAUUGCCCAGAAAGUUCAUUCUCUACUGAAGUCUGCGUUUAACAGCAUAGCUAUAGAGAAGGAGAAGCUUAAGCAGAUGGUUUCUGAGCAGGAUCACAAUAAAGGCCACAGCACACAGAUGGCUCGGCUCAGACAGUCACUGUCUCAGGCACUCAACCAGAAUGCUGAACUAAGGAGUCGGUUGAACAGAAUACAUUCAGAGUCUAUUAUUUGUGAGCAGGUUGUCAGUGUAAAUAUUAUUCCUAGCCCUGAUGAGGCUGGUGAGCAAAUCCAUGUUAGUCUCCCCUUGUCACAGCAAGUAGCCAAUGAGAGCCGCCUCUCCAUGUCAGAAUCUGUCUCUGAGUUCUUCGAUGCCCAAGAGGUGCUCCUCUCUGCAAGCUCAUCAGAGAAUGAAGCUUCAGAUGAUGAGUCUUAUAUCAGUGAUGUGAGUGAUAACAUAUCUGAAGACAACACCAGCGUUGCAGACAACAUUUCUCGGCAAAUCCUGAAUGGGGAGCUUACGGGGGGGGCUUUCCGAAAUGGACGCCGAACGUGCCUGCCCGCUCCCUGUCCUGACACCAGUAACAUCAACCUGUGGAAUAUCUUGAGGAACAACAUUGGCAAAGACCUUUCUAAAGUCUCUAUGCCUGUGGAGCUAAAUGAGCCCCUCAACACUCUGCAGCAUCUCUGUGAGGAAAUUGAAUACAGUGAGCUCCUGGACAAGGCCUCGGAGACCGACGAUCCCUAUGAGCGCAUGGUUCUUAUUGCUGCAUUUGCAGUUUCAGGAUAUUGCUCCACCUAUUUCAGAGCAGGAAGUAAGCCAUUCAACCCUGUCCUUGGGGAGACUUAUGAAUGCAUUAGAGAAGACAAAGGUUUCCGAUUUUUCUCAGAACAGGUUAGCCAUCAUCCACCCAUUUCUGCCUGUCACUGUGAAUCAAAGAAUUUUGUGUUUUGGCAAGAUAUCAGAUGGAAAAACAAGUUCUGGGGGAAGUCAAUGGAAAUCUUGCCUGUUGGAACACUGAAUGUCAUGCUUCCCAACAGAUACGGAGAUUGCUAUGUGUGGAAUAAAGUCACCACGUGCAUACAUAACAUUCUCAGUGGGAGGAGAUGGAUAGAGCAUUAUGGAGAAGUCACCAUCAGAAAUACCAAAAGCAGUGUUUGCAUCUGCAAACUCACAUUUGUCAAGGUGAAUUAUUGGAAUUCUAAUGUGAAUGAAGUCCAGGGUGUUGUUAUGGAUCAAGAGGGAAAGGUGGUGCACCGGCUGUUUGGGAAGUGGCAUGAAGGGCUCUACUGUGGCGUGGCUCCUUCUGCAAAGUGCAUCUGGAGACCAGGUUCCAUGCCAACCAACUAUGAACUCUAUUAUGGCUUCACAAGGUUUGCUAUUGAGCUCAAUGAGUUAGAUCCUGUGCUGAAAGACCUCCUUCCACCGACAGAUGCACGAUUUAGGCCAGAUCAGAGAUUUUUGGAAGAAGGAAAUUUGGAAGCUGCAGCAGCAGAGAAACAAAGAGUAGAAGAACUUCAGAGAUCUCGAAGACGAUACAUGGAAGAAAACAACCUUGAACAUAUACCAAAAUUUUUUAAAAAAGUUAUCAAUGCCAAUCAAAGGGAAGUCUGGGUUUCUAACGACACUUACUGGGAGCUGCGAAAAGACCCUGGGUUUAGUAAAGUAGACAGCCCUGUUCUUUGGUAAACUGGGAAUGUAGAGCUAGCCAACAUAUCACACUCUGAAUGAAGAAAUAACUAUGCACAAUUCAGUUUCUUAUAGCUAAGCGUGGUUUGUGGGUCAACUGAAAACCUACCAUUUGCUUUUCUAUUCAUCUUUAUAAUGGACUCUAAGAAGUGCAUUAGACAAGGCCCCUAACCACUCUUGGAUCCUUUCUGUUUUGCUGCAACCAUAUUCCUUAAAAACAUCCAUACCCUCCUCGAAAAGCAGAAUAAAAAGAGUAGAAUAU